AUGGCGACAAGGCCGCCCCACCGACCGCCGCUUGUGCAAUCAUUCUCCCUGCUGCUGCUUCUCCUCCUCCUCCUCCUCCUCCUCCUCCAUCCUUUCCUCUCCGCCGGGACGCCGUCUAUCACCACCAAAGCCGUGCCGCGGCUGCCGGGUUUCGCCGGACCCCUGCCCUUCUCCCUCGAAACAGGGUACGUGGAGCUGGACUACGGCGUCCGCCUCUUCUACUACUUCAUCCAGUCGGAGCGCGACCCGGCGGAGGACCCCGUCCUGCUCUGGCUCACCGGCGGGCCCGGCUGCUCCGCCCUCUCCGGCCUCGUCUACGAGAUCGGCCCUUUCUACUUCGACUUCCAUGGCUACACGGGAGGCCUGCCCACUCUGCUCUACAAGCCAGCGUCUUGGACCAAGGUUAGCAAUGUCAUCUUUGUGGACGCUCCGGCAGGGACAGGCUUCUCAUAUGCGACCGGAGACAAGAGAACCAUACCCAGUGACACACUUGUUAUUCAGCAGCUGCACGUUUUCCUCGAAACGUGGUUUGAUGAGCAUCCACAGUUCUUGUCGAAUCCGCUCUACAUUUCGGGUGAUUCAUAUAGCGGUAUAAUCAUACCUUCUCUUGCUAUGAAAAUUGCUAAAGGGAUAGAAGUUGGUGAUGAGCGACUCGUUAAUCUCAAGGGUGUCAUUGUUGGCAAUCCGUUGACUGAUACAACGACGGUCUUCAACGCUCGAAUUCCAUUUCUUCAUGGCAUGGGAAUUAUACCAGAUGAAAUCUAUGAGGCUGCUCGCGAAGAUUGUGGAGGAGAAUAUCGCUGGCCAUCGAACUCCCAUUGUGCCAAUUCCCUCCAAGAAAUCCAAGAGUGCAUGAGGGGCUUAAACGAUGUACACGUCUUGGAGCAAAUCUGUCCAGAAUAUCCAAGCCUCACCCUUGACAAGCAGCCGACGUCGCGAGAUCAUGGAAGGAGAAGGCUAACAGAGUCCGCAGUUUCGUCUCUGUGCAGGAAUGCCACAUACUUCCUGUCCGAGUUGUGGACAAAUGACGAAGCUGUAAGGGAGAGUUUGGGUAUUCACAAGGAAACCGUUCCAUCAUGGCUACGAUGUGAUUUCAAUCUACCUUACACGAAUGAAAUCAGCAGCACGGUCGAUGAUCAUUUAGCCUUGAUUACUAGAGGAUACCGGGCUAUGAUAUACAGUGGAGAUCAUGACAGUAAAAUAUCCUAUGUUGACACCCAAGCAUGGAUCAGACGACUUAACCUGCCCAUCACAGACCGUUGGCGACCAUGGCAUCUGGACGACCAAAUUGUGGGAUACACAAGAACUUACUCCAACAAUCUGACAUACGUAACCGUGAAGAUAAAUCUGUUUGAGCGUCAACUAAUUCCGGACGGAGGUGCCGGACACACAGCCCCGGAGUACAUGCCAAGGGAGUGCCUGGCUAUGAUCGAUAGAUGGCUUUCCGAUUAUGAGAUUUGGGUGGACGUUGAGCCUAUGCAAAGGCCUUGGGUCGCUGUGGAUGGAUGGGGUCGAUCGACAUGA